UUUGCUUUAGAUGAAAUUCUACCGCAAGUAUUUUCCAAAGUUCCAUAUGAUUCACCAUUUGAUGGAACAAGAUCAUCAGUUGAAUCAGUUACAAAGAGAGUCAUGAAAGAAAGUUAUUCCAAAAAAACGAGCUUGAAAAAUUUUGAAUUUUCAUCAAGUUCAACUAAGCGAGAGGAACACUUGGCUAAAAUAUUUGAUGAAAUUUUACUGCAAGUUCUUUCCAAAGUUCCAUAUUACCAUUCACCAUUUGAUGAAACAAGAACAGCAGUCAAAUCAAUCACAAAGAGAAACAUGAAAGAAAAAGCCAAUGUUGCCUGGAAUUCACCUGGACCAGAAUAUUUCUUUAGCAUUGUGGACAAAAUUCCCGCUAAUGAUCACAUUUCAGAGGAGAAAAGGGUCAGAGAAUCCUCUCUAUCCAACAGGGAUUUAAGUAAGCAAUUAACUACUGUAGAUAAAGAAACACUUCAAGAAGCAGUUAAAACAGAUGUUCCCUAUAGGAGUAUGCCCUGCGGGCAGCUUCUGCACUUCCUGCAGAGGAACAUCAUCAUCGCUGCUGUCUCCGUGGCAGCAAUCCUCACGGCCACCGUGCUGUUGCUGCUGGGGUUGAUCACAUGCAUCAGGAGGAAACAGCCAUUAUCUCCUCCGGCACACAUGACAUAUAAUAUUUUUAUAAUGAAUGGAAAGACUUGGUGGCAAAAUUCUGAAGAAAAGAAUCUCAGAGAAUUUGGAAAAAAACAGACACAGCUGAAGUGCAAUUUCUGUGUCUAAGCCAGGUGGUGGGGCCAGCCAAACCAGGACUUGAAGCUACUGUGAUGUGGGGACAUUCACCAUCCAAACACCGCGGACAGGACAUUGCAUUUCUGGCUGUGAGGUGUAUUCUGCAAAAACGUUUACCUUCCUGUCCAGAUCUUGAAUGGGCAAGACAAAGCGCUUUACCACAGGAUGCUUAGGGCGGACAGGGCACUGAUGGCCAGAGCAGGAGACUCAGCAGAUUUACCCAAGGACAAACCU